AUGGCGCUACGUGUUGAAUGUUCAAAUGCCGAGACCACUGCUCCGCACAACGUUGCAUCAAUUGAGGACAAAUCCAAGAUCACAAAAGAGUCAGUGAGGCACAUGGAAACAUCAGAAGAGAUUCAUGAGCCAGAAGCAGCGCAACAUGGCUCGUCGAGCAUCCGGGAAUCGCACAGCCGCUCUACUAUAGAGCCAGAAGCAGCACAAGAUGGCUCGUCGAGCAGCCGAGAAUCGCACAGCCCCUCUACUACAGAGCCAGAAUAUACGACGAGUGAUUGCGGCGACGUUGGAGACUUCUAUAAGCCUCUUCUUGAUGUCAUAAACCUAGAAGCGCUAUGCCUUGCGAGUAUUCGUGCUCGUUUCCGCCUUGAUACUGUAUCGCUGGCUGGCUCAGCCAUGUUGACAUGCCAGAUCGCGGAUAUUCCGAUGAUGGGGGCCAGUCAUGCCGUUUGGAUGAUCGAGUUUUCGGAUGGUGUCAAGUGGAUCGCCCGCGUUCCAGGUCAUUCAUACCGCUCAUUUGGCGACGAUGAGAAGCAAGACAUGAUGGGAAGGAUCAAAGUAACCAAAUUCAUCCGCAAGAACACUAGCAUCCCGAUGCCCGAUAUUUUCGCAUGGCAGCUAGACAAGGGGAACCCUGUGCGAGUACCGUACACUCUGGAAGAGUUCAUCGAAGGUCGCCUGCUGUCAGAGCUUUGGACAGAUGAGUCUUGGACGACAGAAGAAAAGCGACUGAGAGUUCUGACACAGCUGGCGCGCGCGAUGUCUGGUCUGACCGCAUUCACGUUUGAUCAAAUUGGCACAUUGACUAUGCAAGAUAACGGCCGCCCUGGCGAAAUCAAAAAAAUGCUCUGCCGAGAUAACGAUAAUCUGGACGACAAUGAGAUUUGGGGCGAAGAGUUGUACACUAUGGGGCCGUAUUCAGCGAUGAGUGAUUAUUUGCGUGAAUGCCACGAAGAUCCCAAGCCAGUCGAGACCGAAGAAGCGAAGUGGACAUGGGCACUUCACCAAUUGGAACGUUUGGCGAUCGAUUCAAUCCCUGACUCGAUCGAUAAAGCUGGCUUCGCUCUGGGGCACGGGGACUACAACUCGCAUAACAUACUUGUCAACGAUGACGGUGAUGUGACAGGUAUCAUUGACUGGAACGCUUCUGUAAUGCCCCGUGCUUUUGGAUGCGCUAGAUACCCAAUUUGGCUUACGCCUGAUUGGGAUCCAGUCAAGUAUGGCUGGGAAUUGGAGGACGUCCGGGAAUUCGACUCGCCAUCCCAAUUACUCAAAUACCGGCAAAUUUAUGCGAAAGCUUUUGCAGAAGCCGUCACUGAACUCAAUCUACCGGGAGACAGUCAUUAUGCAACUGAUGAUACGAAAUUAUCACCAUUGAUUGAAGCAAUUUGGUAUGCGCGAGAUCAGGACGGUGUCGAAGGCCCAUGGAUCAUCUUACGGCUCUUACAUUGGGCAUUUGAUGGCAAACCUCCUUGCACGAUGAAAGAGUAUUUUGAUGCCUGGCAAGUUGGUCAAGCAGGGGAAUUGACGGCGCUGAUUCGGGAUGCUUUCAAUAAGAUGUGGCACGCUGAGCCGGAAGAUCCUGCUGAGUAUCAAGUGACAUACAAGCAAUUUCUUGAUGCUAUGCGACCUCAGGACUGA